UAAGCUGAAAACAUGAAAACACGCACUUCCUGUGUGGUUUUCUGUCACUGGCUUUAAAGUGGAAGUGGACGCGACGUUUCUAUUAAAAACCACAACAACUCAGAGGCAGAGACAGUGAGGGAGUGUAAGAGAUCUAACAGAAUGUUUUUUUGGUCUUUAUUUCCUGAAGCAAAGUUUGAGAGUCGGGACUUAGAAUGAAGAUCCUCCUCAUCUUCACCUUCUGCCUGAUUACAGCUGGUUCUGAUGCUGUAACUACAGUAACUGGAUAUAGAGGAAGAUCAGUUCAGAUUAAAUGCCCCUACGGAUCUGGAUAUGAAGAAUACAACAAGUAUCUCUGCAGAGGUAAAUGUCCGCAUGGGGGCAAUAAAGACAUUCCUGUUCAUUCUGGAUCUCCUGCUGAGGACACCAGAUUCUCUCUGUAUGACGACACGACAGCCAAAGUCUUCACCGUCACCAUCACUGAUCUGAGAACAGAGGAUGGAAACACUUACUGGUGUGUGAUAGAGCGGACAGGGUAUGAUAUUUACACAGAGCUUCUACUGCUGGUUAAAACGGUUGAUCCUGCCAUCACUACUAUCUCACACACCACACACACCACACACCCCGCUUCAACACACUCCAUGAGUCCAUCGGUGCAUGUUGAGACCACGCAUUCAACAACAGAUUAUAGAUCAAAUGUCUUACUUUUUCCAGCUAAUCCAUUAAGUGAUGCUAACCACCUAACCAACACUCACGGUAAGUACAAUAUCACAUGUGCUAUUUGUGAAAUUCUUGCGAAACGAGAAAGAGAACACACACUAAACCACCACAGCACAGAAAAGGUCAGCCUUGGCUUUGUAAAUGCUUUAACCACGUUGCUGCUCUGUGGUUUAGUGAGUGGCAUGAAUUACUCUGAACCUUACAAGCAAAGAACAACUGGCAGUCAGGUGGCAGGAACGGAUGCAAGUGCAGGGUUACGACGCUCUAUUGAUAAAGCUAGAACUCAGAUACAAAUCGACAAGCAAAAUAGUAAACAAGAGACAGGUAAGGGUCGGUCGAUCAAUAAACUAGACAAGGCAAGAAUCAGUGAACCAUAAAGAAGAAACAAGGUCAAAAUCCAGGUAACAAUAGAAUAGAAUACCAGGCUUGAGCUAGACUGGUAUCUAGGACACCGAGCGUAUACGUCACGAACGAGUGUAUGUGGGUAUGUUGAGUCCUUAAGUAGUGUGGCAGUAACUGUACACAAGUGUGUGUGAUCAACAAGAUGGUGAACGUGACCGUCUCUGCGGCCAUAUUUGUAGGCCAUGUGGUGUUCUGGGAAGUGAAGUUUAACGCCGAAUUUGGAGUUGACGUGACUCUUGAACACUUUUGCAGGUGCACUGCAGUACCUUUCAGUAGACUGUCAUACAUGUAAUAGUGAUAAAAUAUAAUGAAGUAUAGUAUUAGAUUAUUCGAUAUGUUGUCUUGAUUAUUCGAUAUGCUGCAGAUUUAUUUUGCAGAUUCAAAACAAUAAACACGUAGAACUUUUAGUUUUAUCAUUCAAAAUGUUGUUUAGAAUAUAAAAGCAUAUUUUUUAUAGUACAAUUUAUAGAAAUAUGUAUAAAUCUACUGACAGGUUGUCCCACAAGGCCACCUUACCUGGAUCUAUCUUCUUUAACACUCCCCAUGACACGUAUUUCCUGUUACAUAAGAAUUAUGCUUUUUUUGUGAUUUAAAUACAUGUGAUUUACACUUUUAUGAUUUAGUUUGUGUCCUGACAGAUGUUCCAGGUAUACCUAAGUACAUCAUGAUCAGUACAGGUGUAGUGUUGUUAGCUGUUGGUGUGAUUAUAGCAAUCUACUGCAAAAUAAAAC